CGCCCCGAUCGGACCUCCGAAUGGAAGCACAUCAUGACUCGCGAUGUUGAGCUGUUGUCGCCGAUACCUAGUACAUCAGCAUCUCGUCCGACUGCAUUGAUGACCAUGGAAUAGCUUCGCGCAUCGUCGCAUACACUCAUUCAGCAUGCAGGCAUCUGCAUUACUCCUUCGGCGAUGCGCUGCCACCACCUCUUGUCCUGCUCGUUUUUACCAACGGCGAUGGGCGCAAGUGCACGAUGUGCGGUUCUUCGCUGCUCAUCAACGGCCGGAUAAGGUCCUUGAGAAAUACAAAGAGAAGCUCGCUCAAAAGGCAAAGGCAGAGGGUCUUCCCAAUGCGGACGAAUUGCGUGCUGCAUACGCACAAAAAAUUGAAGAGUUGCGGAAGCAGGCAAUUGUCCCAGGCGCAAAUGCUCCGCUCAGCGCUCAGCAACCGCCUUUACCACAUGAGACGGACUCCAGUAUCCCAUAUCAACCACCGCCACCCCCAUCACCGCAAGAGACGUCGCCCGAUACACCGAAAAAGGCCGCAAAGAUCAGAACUCUGAGCAGCUUCAUCGACAUCAAAAAGGUCUCGGCGUUGUCAAUGAAGGAUAUCGAAACCGUCUGGCGUAUGCGGCAUGCUGCAGAUCCACAGAGUCUUUGCGCCUUAGUGGCGGCCGACACGUACCAGCGUGUAGUGAAGACCGCCAAAGCACAUCCACAAUUCAUCCUACCUCUCCCACGAGAGAACCAGGGUGCUGAGAUUCACUUCCUUCAAUGGACGUUCCCAAAUGAAACCACGGCCACGGUCCUCUUCACCCACUUGGCAGAGUUCAAGCUCCGCGGGGAGUAUGCUCAGCCACACACGACUAUCACCUACCACCGGGAUAUGGAGAAGAGCAAUGGAGUAAUUUUCCUAGAGGGACGAGUGACGGAGAAUCGAGGAGUUGCUGUGGAUGAGGCAAAAUGGCUGCUCAUGUGUCUCCAGAAGUUCUACGGAUUUGAGGCUAAGUCGGAGGGAGCCAAGGCAAACUUUGAGAACCGCCAGCGGUUGAUGCGACAGUUUAGCGGCGGUGAUGAGAACUUCAAAUUAGAAGAGCUUUUGGAAGAGGCAGAGAAGGUGCCGUAGAUGACUCUUGUUUAUAAAUUGACGGUUGUGGGUGUUGGGUCGGAGAUUGCAGACUCACCAACUUGCAUGGCUCACCUGUACACUAAUGAGACAUUGUAGAUGUAUAACUUCAUUUCGACGAAUAUAUCAUCACGAUGAUUAUCGACGGCAAACGUUCGGCCUUUACGUCAGGCAUUCCGUAUUGUGCUGGCAAAUUGCAAGCAUCGGCCCAGCUUUGCCGUGCAGUUCUUUAACAAUCAUAUGCCAAAAGACUAUGGAGUGAAUAGAUUGUAAGAUCGACACAUUCGAUUUUUGUCAUAUGGUGCCCAAGCCCGAUAUUCCAACCGUUCCUCUUUCACAAGCUCGGCAUUUGGGAAGAAAGCAUCGGC